AUGAGCAAGCUUUGGGAGUAUUUCAUCCAAGAUGAUGUCGAGAGCUUCCAGCGGCUCCUCGCAACGCCGGACCCGAAAGGGCCGCGACCGGAUGUGAAUGCCCGCGAUCACCACGGUAGGACGCUGCUACACCAUGUUGCUUCGUCGCCGAAACCUACCGCCACAACCUUCGCACACACACUCCUCAACGCCUAUCCGUUGAUCGACAUCUACGCGCAGGACUGGGAAAGCGGGUGGACUGCUUUGCACCGAGCAUUAUACGCCGGGAAUGCCUCAAUCGCGAGAGCGUUGAUGAUCCGCGACAACGAGACGGAUUUCACACGACUGGGAAACAGCAAAUCUGGCCACGGUCAGACCGGAAGUCUGAUCAAGAUCAAAGACCGCGAGGGAUAUUCGCCAUUCGACGUCUAUGGUGCGACCAUCACUUCCCGAGACAUUAAGCAGAUCCUCUCCAGGUCUUCGGCACGCUGGCCUGGCUCCAGGCUCCCCGACGACGUCGACGACACGGCAUCCAACGCGGCAUCGAACAAUGAGGAUGAGGAUGAAGAUGGAUCACUUGGGGACGGCUCCGCGAAGAACAUUGGCGCGGAUUUCUCUGCGGACGAGAUCUUUACACUCGGCAGCAACAAGAACUUGAAUCUUGGGCUGGGAGACCAAGACGACCGACAAUUCCCGGAACGGAUCACUCUCGAGCGACCCGGUCAUCUAUUGAACCGCUUCUAUCACGAGUAUGAAGAACGCAUGGAACGCUUCGGUCUCCAAGACCUGAUCGAUCAAGAUUCUUCAGAUGAACUGCCGACCCUCAUUAAGAACAAGCCGAUGAAGUACCGAAACGUGGUCAUGUCGAAGCUGCAUACCGCCAUCAUCACGAACGACCCGGAAGCAAACCUGUUUAUGUGUGGUUUCGGGCCCGGUGGCCGCCUGGGAACUGGAGACGAGUCUACCAGGUUUGGCUUCGUUUGUAUCGAGACAGGUGGUUUGGCUGGCAAAGCUGUUGUGUCAGUCGCUCUCGGCCAAGACCACAGUCUUGCCAUCACCGAUACGGGUGAGAUCUUCAGCUGGGGAAGCAACACAUUCGGUCAGCUGGGCUACAGUCUGCCUCGGACAAGCAACCGAAAUGAUGUCCCUAUCCAAACUACCCCUCGGCAGAUCUUCAAUACCUUCAAAAGAGAAAAGAUAAUGGGCGCCGCAGCCUCGGCGAUCCACUCAGUGGUCUUCAGUGACUCGGGCCUUUAUACGUUUGGCAAGAACGAGGGCCAGUUAGGACUCGUCGACUCGGACGCGAGGUCACUCGAAGUUCAAACAACGCCUCGUCGUGUCGGCGCUUCCUUAUUCCAGUGCCCCAUCAAGGCGGUUUCCGCUAUCGAUCGUGCGACCGCUAUCCUACUGCAAAGUCAUGAAGUUUGGGUUUUCUCGCAGUACGGAUACUCCAAGAUCUCGUUUCCGUUGGAAGCCAGCUCGAGCUUCAUCCGAGACAGCUUCAUGGCGACAAGAUAUGAUCAUUCAACUAACCAUGUCGUCAAGAUCGCGAGUGGAGGCAAUACGAUCUGUGCCUUGUCGAGUUCUGGUGAGAUUUUCACUGUUGAGGUCAGCAAGCCAGAGAACUCUUCUACCUCAACAUCUACCACCAACCCAGCGAAGAUUCGCAACUCAUUGACUCCCCCGUGA